AUGGGGCGUCGCAGGAUCACUUACGCACUCAAUCACGACGCCCCGAUAGCAGGUCUGCCGAAGAAGAGCACAACAGCCACUAAACCACCGAGACAGUUUUCCCGUAAAGAGACAGAGCACAAGAAAUUGCCUCCUCUGUUCGGACUCGACGACUAUAAGAGCUGCAUGGAAAACUCCGGCGUCUACUGCAUGGUCGCCUUCGACCUGUAUGGGGAACCCAACAAUGAAAUCUAUACUCUUAUACAAGAAUAUUCAAAGCACACUGUCAAACAUUUCAACUAUACGAGGCUGGACAGGGGAAUAUGUGUGCAGGAAACAUGUCAGGACUAUAUAAAAAGCAAUGGUCUCGAUAUAGAUCAAAACAUAGAAUUGGUCAUUGAGGGUUGUUUUAAUGAAACGAUACAACAAAAAUAUGAUUUGGGCUCGAAAUUACAAUUUGUAAGUUGCGAAAGACAAAAAGACAAAAGAAAAGAAAUCCAACUUGAUAGUACAGAUAUUAUAAUGCUUUUGGUAACAGUAGGCAUUUGUGUAGUAGUUUCAUGGGGCAGCUAUUUCGACUUAUGUCAAAGAAAACGAAAAGCAGACAAGACAUUGGAAAAGGAUCGCCACCCACUUCUAUGCUUUUCUAUUUUUCGAAAUUUCGAAAAACUGUUGCAAGAAGAUAAAGGUGAUGAGAGACUAACAGAAUUGAAAGGACUUCACGGAAUACGUGCAUUCAACUCAGGUCUGAUAGUGUUGGCUCAUUGCGUAUUCUUGUUUGGAAAAUAUAUCCGCGACCCUCUUGCUUUUGAAAAGUUCUUCGAGUAUCAAUUAUUCUUAAUCCUUGGUGGCUACUCGAGCAUUGUGCAAUUCUUCUUCUUCGUCUCUGGCUUUCUCAUGACGUACAUCUUACAAAUACGAGAUGAAAAAUACAAAAUGUCCUUUAGAGAUGUACCCCAAAUUAUAUUUCUUAGAUGGUGGAGAAUGACUCCGACAUAUGCAGUUGUACUAGGAAUUAUGGCGACUCUGUUCCGGCACGUCGGAUCCGGACCUAUAUGGAAGUCUUACAUAAUUGAAGGAGUUACGUCGCAAUGCCGAGAAUAUUAUUGGGCUCAUUUUUUUUAUAUCAAUAACUUCAUGAUUAAUGAAAUUCUAUGCUGUUUAGAGUCUUGGCAUAUUGCCUCAGAUAUGCAAUUGUCAGUCCUUGGCAUUAUCGUAUACUUCUGUAUUCGUCGACGAAGCUGGAGGUUCAAGAUUGGAACUUUGUCCUUUCUGUUGCUGCUUGGCAUACUCAGUCCUAUCGUCCAUGUAUUUUUCCAAGAUUUGGACGGACUUGUUAUAUGCAAGCCUGAACUAUACAGAACAAUAUACGACGAUGUCCUCCGGAAAUACCACGUGUUCUUUUACAACAAUAUAACUUGCUUUGUUAUGGGAAUGGCGAUUGGAUAUUUGGUUUACUACUUGAAACAGAAUAAAAUAAAAUUUCCUGAAUUUAAGAUGUGCACUCUAAUAUGCUGGCUCAUCAUGCCAUCGAUAUAUGCUUUCUACUAUUUCACAAGUUCCGUCUACGAUGACAUUGAAAGAAAAUCCCUCACAUGGCGCCUUCUGUACGCGUCUUUACAUCGAAUUGUUAUCGGGAUAAUUGCAAGCGUUUGGGUUCUUGGACUCACAUUGAAAUUUCAUGGAAACUCCUUAUCUAUAUGGGAAUGGCGAGGAUGGCUGAUACCAGGCAAGCUCUCGUUCUGCGUGUAUCUUAUACACGAUAAUAUAUUGCACUAUAUGAUGGGCACGAGGUCCCAGCUGUAUACGGCAUCCUUCUUAGAACUGUCCUACGUCUUCGUCGUAGUGAUGUUCUGGGCGCAUGUGCUGGCACUGGUGUUGCAUCUUUUCGUGGAGGCCCCUUGUAGUGAAUUAAUGAAAAUAUUUAUGAGUUUCAAUAGGAAAAGGAAAGAAGCU